GGACAAACAUGAAUAACGAACAAUACAUUUUAAUGGGUUUUAGUUUUUUAGCGCCGUGGAAGAACCAACCAGCAUACAAGAACAAUUCUUAUAGAUGAAGCACUGAAGGAAGAAAGUUUCUUUUUGGGUAAAGGGAAAGGGGAUGCUGUUAUUCUGAUUGAUAACUCUCUAAUUAUUUCUUUUAUCUGCCUCUAAGUGUGAGAGUGAGGAGGGAGAGAGGCGGACCAUGUCCAUACCAAAAGAGCCAGAGCAGGUCAUGAAACGGAGAGACGGAUCUGUUCUGGGAAAGAAGACCAUUCUCAAGAGUGACCAUUUUCCUGGCUGUCAGAACAAACGUUUGUCUCCCCAGAUCGAUGGUGCUCCCAAUUACCGUCAGGCCGACUCGAUGCAUGUCCAUGGUGUUGCAAUUCCGACAAUUGAUGGCAUCCAAAAUGUUCUCGAUCACAUUGGGGCCCAAAAUGAUGGGAAGCAAACACUAGUUCUCUGGAUUAACCUUCGUGAGGAACCGGUGGUGUAUAUCAAUGGACGCCCUUUUGUUUUGCGUGAUGUGGAGAGGCCCUUCUCCAAUCUUGAGCAUACGGGUAUUAACAGGGCUAGAGUUGAGCAGAUGGAGAAUCGAUUGAAAGAAGAUAUUUUGCUAGAAGCAGCAAGAUAUGGAAAUAAGAUCCUCGUAACUGAUGAACUGCCAGAUGGUCAGAUGGUGGAUCAAUGGGAACCAGUGACACAUGAUUCUGUGAAAACACCGUUAGAGGUAUAUGAGGAACUGCAAAAAAAACGUUACCUUGUUGACUACGAGCGUGUUCCCGUAACAGAUGAAAAAUCACCAAAGGAGCAAGAUUUCGAUAUUUUGGUGAGUUGGCUUAUUGUUUAA